UGUAAAAUGUUCCCAUUUCAAUGUUUGCACAAUUCUGAUGAUGAGACCUGAAAGUCUCUCAGGCUGGUAUAAUCCGCUAAGUAGUGGCUUUAAUGACCAGCACUACCUCACACAUCCUAAAUGACCUUCUACAUGACGGAGAAUUACUACAUUCAUUCCGCUCUGUUGAGGAUUAUAGACGUUUGCCGGCAAAGUCUUCUCUAGCCAAUAGACUGCUGAGGACUCUACUAUAAAGUGUCUGGGAGUCACCACUCACCACAUCUUCUUCAGCUUCUCGUAGACUCAGGCAAAGCUGGAAACUCGCUCUUCUCGCUGCAAUAUGAGGGUCCUGCCUGUCUGCUGUGUUCUGCUCAUGGUCCUGGUAGCAGCUGAACAAGUGGAAGGAGAUGGACAGUUUGUGAAACUCUGCGGCAGGGAGUUCAUCAGAGCUGUGAUCUACACCUGCGGCGGGUCCAGGUGGAGGAGGCUUUUGUCUGAAAAACCCCAAGACAUGACUGACAGGGAAAAGCUCUUUUCCGCGCACGCUGGAGACGAGGAUCAGACUGGACUGGUGGAAUAUCAGGUGCAGAAAAUCAACUCGCAGGACUACGAGGACUUGCAGCAGACGGGGUCCUUGGAAGAGUUUUGGGGUACAAAGAAAAACUCCGCUCAAGAGCGACGGGACCUGAAUGAAUUACUAACCACAGCCUGCUGCAAGUCCGGCUGCAAGAAAAAGGACCUGAGCUCACUGUGUUAGGUGCAGCUUGAUACUGUAAUGGUGCUUAUAAUCUGUAUUCCCAGUCACAUGACUAUUCCCAAUCAUGUGACAGUACAUCUGUAAUUCCCGCUCAUGUGACAUUUAAAUGCAAUCCCGGUCACGUGACACUGCAUCUGCAAGUACAGGUCAUGUGACUUUACAUUUGCAAUUCCUGGUCACAUGACAUUACAUUUGCAAUUCCCCCUAUGUGACAUAACUAUUUUAAUCCCUGGCCGUAUAACGUAACUGUUAUAAUGACAUAACAUUCCUACAGACAUUCCUCUCAUUAUGAUCAUAAAUCAAAGUUUAUGAAAUUGUUGCAGCCUGAUUUGUACAUUGUCCCUCCUCAGGUUAUAGAUAGGUGUGAUGGCUAAUAAAGAUUAUA